UUUCUUGAUAUUUACCGAUCUUGAUCUACAAGCCAGAUUCAUCUACCUAAUUUUACCAAUGGCGGCCUGCACAAGGUGGAAAGUUUUCUUUCCAGUACUAAUUUUGUGCGUCUCCCUGCUGGGUAUGGCUGUGUCUGUGAGUGGAGAUGCAGCACUAAUACAAGAUGUGUGCAGCAAAACUACAAUGCCUUUCUAUUGCAAAUCGUGCUAUAAAUUUUACAGACAAAGCUCACAAGAGAAUGUGAAAGACCUAGGACGCACAUCCAUUCAGUGUGCUUUCUCAGUGUUUGACAUAUUCCGAUCCACUUUAGUUUCGUAUAUGAAGGGUACCAAAAACCUGGGGCCGGGGUUUCCGAACGCAUCCAAUCGUUGCCUUUCCAUGCUGACGUCUGCGGAUAGAAAUAUCAAGAACGCACUUGAGACAUGGCAGCAAGCACGUUAUGCGAGCUCUACCGAGCAGAUGUGGGCUGCUGUCAUCCUUAUCAAUGAUUGUGAGCAUGAACUGAAGAUGCUCAGUCUGAUCCCCAAGGAUCUGGCAGACCAGGUAGUUGCAGUGGACGGUUUCUGUCGGGCCUCUGGUGGAGUCCUCAAUCAAAUUCACUGAUUUGAUCAUGUAUAUAUAUAUACACACACACAUACAUGUGCACCACCAAAAAAACCUGUUUCUUAUAUAGAUAAUCAUAUAAUAUUAUUCUCAAUCGAUCUGCAAUAAACGAAAGUAUUGUCCUUAAUUUGCAUGCAUAUUCAAGAUUACUGUCAAUGUUUUUUUUCCGUUUUCCUGUUAACAUCAUUUAUGUUAUUGUUGUCAAGCAUUGUUGGCUUUGGUAACUUUAGUGCAGCAACAGAGUAAUGGAAUGCAGAGAAUAAGUUUGUUGCAGAAAACAAUAUGCGCUGCUUGUACUAUUGCAUUAC